AUGGGCUUCCUCAGGCAGUUAGACGUGGAGAACUUUAAGUCGUGGCGCGGAAAGCAGGUGAUCGGGCCGUUCAAGCGCUUCAACUGCGUCAUCGGCACCAACGGCUCGGGGAAGUCGAACGUGAUGGACGCGCUGAGCUUCGUGAUGGGGGACCGGGCGGCGAACCUGCGGGUCCGGCACACCCGCGACCUGAUCCACGGAGCCCACAUCGGCCGGCCGGCGGCCGCCGCGGCCAGCGUCACCAUGCGCUACUGCGAGGACAGCGGCGAGGAGCGGGCGUUCAGCCGCACCAUCGCCGGCGGAACGUCCUCUGAGUACCGCAUCAACGGCGAGCAGGUGACCCUCGCCAAGUACACGGCGGAGCUGGAGAAGAUCGGCAUCGUGGUCAAAGCCAGGAACUGCCUGGUGUUUCAGGGGGCCGUGGAGUCCAUCGCCAUGAUGAACCCCAGGGAGAGGACCCGCAUGCUGGAGCGCAUCAGCGGCUCUCUCGAGCUGGCGGAGGAGUACGACAGGAAGAAGGAGGCGCAGCAGCGGGCCAAGGAGGACACGCAGUUCCACUUCAACAAGAAGAAGACGGCCACCGCCGAGAAGAAGCAGGUGUCCCUGGAGAAGGCAGAGGCUGUGAGGUACCAGGCGCUGGUGGAUGAGCUGGCCGGUCACAGGCUGCAGCUGAGCCUGUGCCAGCUGUUCCAUAAGGAGCGGGGCAUCGGGGCGCUGACGCGGACCCUGCAGGAGCAGCAGGCCCUGGUGGCGGGGAAGAGGAGCACGGUGGAGGCACUGGAGGGGGAGGUCAAGGGCCAGAAGAAGGCGCAUGGAGGCCUGUCCCGCCAGCUGCAGCACAUCGACAAGGAAAUCCAGGCUCAGGAGAAGGUCCUGGGGCAGCAGCGGCCGCAGUACAUCAAGGCGAAGGUGAACAGGACGCACCACGAGCGCAAGGCGGAGGAGGCGCGGGCCGCGCUGCAGAAGGGCGUGGCACAGCAGCACAGGAAGGAGCGGGAGCUGCAGGAGCUGCGCAGGGAGCUGCAGGAGCUGGAGCACGCCUGGAGCAGCUUCCAGAGGGAGGUGGAGGAGGAGAGAGCGGCGCGGGGCGGGGACGUGCAGCUGGAGGAGGCGCAGCUGGAGCGUUACAGAGAGCUGAAGGAGUUGGCCAGGAAGCAGGGUGCCAUUCUGAGGCAGCAGGCAGAGAAACUUCGCUGGGAUGUCAAGGCAGACAACGAGAAGCUGGAGUUUGACCAGAGAAGGAAGAAGGAAGUGGAGGGGAACAUCAAGCACGCACAGACUCAGCUGGAUGGCUACAGCAGGAGAGCCGAGAAGCUGGAGGAGUACACCCUCUCCUGCAGGGCGGCGCUGGAGCGGCACCAGCAGCAGGAGGAGGGCCUGGUGCAGGAGCUGGAGCAGGGGCGCGUGCGCUCGGAGGAGGUGAACCAGGAGCUGGGCCAGGUGCUGGCGGAGCUGCAGAAUGCCCGGCUGGACAGCCAGGAGAGCCGCCGGCAGCAGCGGCGCGAGGAGGUGCUGGAGAGCCUGAAGAGGCUGUACCCCGAAACCCUGUUUGGCCGCCUGGUGGACCUCUGCCACCCCAUCCAUAAGAAGUACCAGCUUGCUGUGACUAAGGUGUUUGGCCGCUACAUGAACGCCAUCGUGGUCUCGUCAGAGAAGGUGGCGCGUGACUGCAUCAGGUUUCUGAAGGAGCAGAGGGCCGAGCCAGAAACUUUCCUGCCUAUUGACUACCUGGAGGUGAGCCCGUUGGUGGAGCGGCUGCGGCAGCUGCGGGGGGCGAAGCUGGUGCUGGACGUGGUGCAGUGUGCCUCCGGCGUGCCGCAGCUGCGGGAGGUGCUGCAGUUCGUCUGCGGGAACGCCCUCGUCUGCGAGACGUUGAAGGAGGCGCAGCACAUGGCUUUCGAAGGAGCCGAGCGCCACAAAGUGGUGGCUCUGGACGGUACCAUGUUCUCGAAGUCGGGGGAGAUCUCGGGGGGCUCGGCUAACCUGCGCAGCAAAGCACGUCGCUGGGAUGAGAAGGAGAUGAGCGCGCUGAAGGAGCGUAGGGACCAGCUGACGGCCGAGCUGCGCGGGCUGGUGAAGGUGAAGCGGAAGGAGGUGGAGCUGAAGCAGGUGCAGGCGCAGAUGCAGGGGGUGCACACCCGCAUGAAGUACACCAACAGCGAGGUGGAAACCAUCCGCAAGAAGGACAUCCCUGCAUGUCAGGCGGAGCUGUCCAGGCUGCAGAGUGAGCUCACCAAUCUGGACUCCCUUAUUGAAAUGCAGAGACAGAGUGUGGAGGUGAAGGAGGCCAGAAUGAAGGAGAUCCGGGACAGUGUGAAUAAGCUUGAGGACACGGUGUUCAGCGAUUUCUGCGCUGAGAUCGGGGUGGAAAACAUCCGGCAGUACGAGCAGGAGCACCUCAAACAGCAGGAGGAGCUGGACAGGAGGCGCCUGCAGCUGGAGACUCAGAGGACCAGGCUGAGCACCCAGCUGGAGUAUGAGCAGUCCCAGCUAGAGCAGCAGAGGAACAGGGGCUGGAAGUGGGAGGAGACCAUCCUCAAGGAAGAGAACAAAGUGGCUGACCAAAAAAAGGAGGAGGAGAAGCUACUGAAGGCUGUGGAUGAGACCCUGGCGAAGAUGCAGGACCUCAGAAACCAGCAGCUGGCCAAGAAGAGCCAGGUGGCCGACGCCAAGGCCGAGCUGGACAGGAAGGUGAAGGGCCUUCAGGAGAGGUCCAGGGAACUGGUGAAGUUGCAGAAGGAGGUCAUCUCCACGGAGACGGCUCUGGAGCAGAGGAGGAUGGAGAGACACAACCUGCUACUGGGCUGUAAGGUCCAGAGCCUGCCUGUCGCUCUGCUGUCCGGCUCCCUGGAGCAGAUCAGCGAGGUGCAGCUGGAUGGAGACUCUCUGAGCACCGCUGCCACUCUGGACAUCUAUGAGCGAGAGGAGCAGAUGCAGAUCGACUACAGUGCCUUGGGACCAGAAGUCAGGGAGCUGGAGGCAGAGGAGGAGGUGGAGGCGGAGGUGGAGAAGCUGCGGGGGGAGGUGUCUUCUCUGGAGGCGGAGCUGCAACGCACCACCGCCCCCAACCUCAAAUCCCUGGAGAAGAUGAGGGAGGUGAAGGACAUGUUCCAGGAAGUGGUGGAUGCCUUUGAGGCCAGCACCAGACUGGCCCGCAGAUGCACCCAGGAGUUUGAGCAGGUGAAGGCCAAGCGCUUCCGGCUCUUCAGCCAGUGUUUCGAGCACGUCUCCGUCAUCAUCGACCAGAUCUACAAAGAGCUGUGCAGGAACAGCAGCGCGCAGGCCAUCCUCGCAGCAGAGAACCCGGAUGAGCCCUACCUGGGUGGGAUUAACUACAACUGCGUGGCUCCAGGCAAGCGCUUCAUGGCCAUGGACAACCUGUCUGGGGGAGAGAAGUCCAUCGCAGCGCUGGCCCUGGUGUUCGCCAUUCACAGCUUUCGACCUGCCCCUUUCCUGGUUAUGGACGAGGUUGAUGCAGCCUUGGACAACACCAACAUCGGCAAGGUGACCAGCUACAUCAGAGAGAAGUCUCGAGAGCACUUCCAGAUCAUCGUCAUCUCUCUGAAGGAGGAGUUCUAUUCCAGGGCCGACGCUCUGCUUGGAGUUUACUCAGAGUUCAAUGAGUGCAUGGUCAGCCGCCUCCUCACCCUGGACCUCCGGCCCUAUCCUCUGAAGGAAGGGAACGAGAGAGAGGAAGGAGAGAGAGAGGAGCAGAAGUGA